UGAAUGUUUUUUGAAAAUUCUAUUAACACCUUUAAAUUUAAAAUAUUUAUUUUCUUCUCUAUCAAUUUUUAUUCUCAUUUUCAUUUUCAACUAGUUACUCUCUAUCUGUGUUCAGACAAAACCAAACAAACAAACCCGAGCUCUUGGUGGAUCAGAGAAUCCGCCCAUAGCCACCACCGAAGCCAACCAUCAACCGAGAUGGUGGAAACCCGGCGCAGUUCCUCCGCUUCCAAACGCCCUAUUCCUUCCUCCGCCCGCUCUUCCUCUCCUCCUCCAUCGAAAAGAUCCAAGUCAGCGGAGGCGUCAUCGUCGACGAAUGAUGAUGCACUGGUGUCUGUGCCGGUUGAAACCCUUACUGUGGCUAAGGAUUCUGGUUCUGUGCCUCGUAUGCCCGACUUAUCAUCCUCUGACCCGCAAGUGGCUGGCGCUUCAAAAGACGUGCCUGCUGAUGGCGUCAAAACUCCUGAUAGCGACGCCAUGGAUGCGGAAGUUGAGGAUCUGGUCUCUCUGCCGACUCAAGGUGGAGUUGCAUUGAACAGAGAGAAAUCCAAAGCAGUUAGUGUACUAUCUACUCGGCCUAAGAAGGGGCAAAAGAAGCUUGAGAAAUUGGAUCAGCAGGUUGCAUGGGCCAAGCUCCUUUGCCAGUACUCGAAGGUUAAUGUUGUGCCUAUGUUGAUAAAUGGCUUUUGGAGAACCGCUGGGCUAUUGGUUGGACUUUGUCUAACAAGGCAUUAAUUGCUGUCUAACGAGGCUAUUUUAAUAUCUCAAUCACCUACCAGUGGGGACAAUUGAUGAGUUUGUCUCAUGCCAUGUAAAUUUGUGAUUGAGAAAUAAUCCUCACAUGCCCUUAUGUGGCCCAGUUUUCACUGUUGGUCAAAACCCUGAAAGCAACUUAUGGCUUAAUGAUUCAACUGUCAGUUCUGUUUUAUGCAGACUGAAACAAAUAGAGUGUGGAGGUGUUUUUACUGCCAUGAUGGAAGUUGUUGGAGGUAAAGGAACAGUCCAGGUUAAUGGUAAGGUGCAGCGCAAAGGUUCCCGUGCAAUGUUAAGUGCAGGAGAUGAGGUGGUUUUCAACUCUUCUGGGGAACAUGCUUAUAUCUUUCAGCAGUUCCCCCAUAACAAUUUGGGAGGUCGAGGUUUAGCUUCUAUGAGCAUUUUAGAAGCCCAGGGUGCUGGAGCCAAAGGGAUCCCUCUUGAGGCAAGAUCUGGAGAUUCCUCAGCCUUUGCAGGAGCAUCAAUAUUGGCAUCUUUGUCGAAUGUUCACAAAGAUUUAUUUCUCCCUCAUGCUUCAAAAGCUGGCGAGGAUACUCAAAAUAAACCUGAUCCUUCUAUCCUAUCUCCCAUUGGUAUAACACCUGGUGAUCAUAUUCCAGAAGUUGACAUGAAGGAUAGCACAAACAAUAGCGAGCAACCAUUCGUUCCACCAAGGGAGGACAUUUUCGUUCCAUCUGAAAAUUGUGCCAGUGAAAACCCAAAUCUCGAAGCUCUUCCAAUGGACUGUUGUGCAGAUGGAGAGACUGGGAAGACACCUUUUCCUAUUUCCGAAUUAAGGCCUCUUUUGCAGAUGCUUGCUGGUUCCUCUUCUCAACGAGAAAUUGCAAAGAUAUUUGAAGGACGGAAGGAGUUACUCAGGGAUCUUGAUCGUUCUGCGAUUCUGCUUUCUACUGGUCGGCAAGCAUUCAAAGACAAUCUACAAAAAGGAAUCUUGAGCCCUGAAAGCAUCGAAGUUUCUUUUGAAAAUUUCCCUUAUUACCUUAGUGAUACAACAAAGAAAGUUCUUGUGGGGGCUGCAUUUGUUCACUUGAAGUGUAACUGCAAAGUAGCUAAAUUUGCUUCUGAACUACCUACGGUAUCACCUCGAAUAUUGUUGUCUGGUCCUGCAGGAUCAGAGAUAUAUCAGGGGAGACUUGUAAAGGCACUUGCAAAAGAUGUUGGAGCUAGACUGUUGGUUGUUGAUUCCCUACAAUUGCCUGGUGGAUCAACACCCAAAGAAGCUGAUCCCAUGAAAGAAAUUUUGAGACCUGACAGAGCGUUAUUUUCCAAAAGAGUUAUGCAAUCAGCACUACACCAUAAGAAGCCUGCUUCUAGUGUGGAGGCUGACAUAACUGGCGGAUCAAUAAUAAGCUCUCAAGCUCUUCCGAAGCAGGAAACUUCUACAGCCUCAUCCAAGCACUGCACGUUUAAAACAGGUGAUAGAGUGAAGUAUUUUGGUAUCUCUUCACCAUCGGCACUGUCUCCUCUUCAACCUCCACUAAGGGGACCUGCUGUUGGGUUUCGUGGCAAGGUACUUCUUGCUUUUGAAGAAAAUGGAUCCUCAAAAAUUGGUGUGAGAUUUGAUAGAUCCAUUCAAGAAGGCAAUGAUCUUGGUGGCCUCUGUGAAGAAGAUCGCGGGUUCUUUUGUGCUGCCCAUUCACUUCGUUUAGAUAGCUCUGGAGGCGAAGAGCUUGACAGGCUUGCUGUCAAUGAACUCUUUGAGGUUGUUUUGACCGGAAGUAAAGGUGGUCCAUUAAUAGUGUUUCUAAAAGACAUAGAGAAGUCUGUGGCGGGCAACCAAGAUGCAUAUACUGCCUUAAAAAGUAAGCUGGAAAAUUUACCAGACAGGGUUAUUGUGAUUGGAUCCCAUGCCCAUAUGGACAGUCGAAAAGAGAAGUCUCAGCCUGGUGGGCUUCUGUUUACCAAGUUUGGAAGCAAUCACACAGCUUUGCUUGAUUUUGCAUUUCCUUCUUUUAUUCAGGAUAACUUAGGUAGACUGCACGACAAAAGCAAGGAGACUCCUAAAACAAUGAAGCAACUCUCAAGGCUUUUUCCCAACAAAGUGACCAUUCAGCUACCUCAGGAAGAAGCAUUGCUCUUGGACUGGAAGCAGCAGUUGGAUCGUGAUAUUGAAACUUUGAAAGCGCAGGCUAAUAUUAUUACAAUCCGUUCUGUUCUUGCUCGAGUUGGCCUGCAAUGCCCUGAUCUCGAGUCUCUGUGCAUCAAUGAUCAGGCGUUGACAACUGAAAGUGUAGAGAAAGUCGUGGGUUGGGCAUUAAGCCACCACUUCAUGCAUUGUUCAGAAGCUUCUCUGACAGAUGCAAAGUUAGCAAUAUCAACAGAAAGUAUCAACUACGGAUUGAGCAUUCUUCAUGGUAUACAGAAUGAGAACAAGAGCUUGAAGAAAUCCCUCAAGGAUGUUGUGACUGAAAAUGAAUUUGAGAAGAAGCUUCUAGCUGAUGUUAUUCCUCCAAAUGAUAUUGGAGUUUCGUUUAAUGACAUUGGUGCCCUGGAAAAUGUUAAGGAAACAUUGAAGGAACUUGUAAUGCUUCCUCUUCAGAGGCCUGAACUGUUCUGCACAGGGCAGCUGACUAAGCCUUGCAAGGGGAUAUUGCUGUUUGGUCCUCCUGGUACCGGGAAAACAAUGCUUGCAAAGGCUGUAGCAACUGAGGCUGGUGCAAAUUUCGUAAACAUAUCCAUGUCAAGCAUCACUUCGAAGUGGUUUGGUGAAGGAGAGAAGUAUGUGAAGGCCGUGUUCUCUUUAGCUAGCAAAAUUGCUCCAAGUGUAAUUUUUGUUGACGAGGUGGAUAGCAUGUUGGGAAGACGUGAGAAUCCUGGGGAACAUGAAGCUAUGCGGAAAAUGAAGAAUGAGUUCAUGGUGAACUGGGAUGGUUUGCGUACAAAAGAUAAAGAAAGGGUGUUAGUUCUUGCUGCCACUAACAGGCCGUUUGAUCUUGACGAAGCUGUUAUUAGGAGGCUCCCGCGAAGGUUGAUGGUUAACUUGCCUGAUGCACCAAAUCGAGAAAAGAUUCUCAAGGUCAUAUUGGCCAAAGAAGAACUGGGAGGCGAUGUAGAUAUGGAAGCAGUUGCGAGUAUUACUGAUGGUUACUCUGGAAGUGAUUUAAAGAACCUGUGUGUAACUGCAGCUCAUUGUCCCAUAAGAGAAAUAUUGGAGAAGGAGAAGAAGGAGAGGAAUGUGGCGCUGUCUGAUAAAAGACCUACACCUUCACUGUAUGGUAGUUCUGAUGUGCGUCAGCUUAAAAUGGAGGAUUUCAGAUAUGCGCAUGAGCAGGUAUGUGCAAGUGUGUCGUCUGAAUCCAGUAAUAUGAACGAGCUCCUGCAAUGGAAUGAUCUGUAUGGAGAAGGUGGAUCCAGAAAGAAGAAAUUGCUAAGCUAUUUUAUGUAGAAAGGGAAAUUUGUACUUGUGUAUAGGAAAAUACCCCCUUCUCGUUUUUACCUUUUGCGCUUUUCUUGAAAGCCUAGUAUUCUCUUAAGUUUUUUCUUUUCAUUAUUACCCUCCGUUUAUGUUGUAAUUUCUGUUUGGCAUUCAUGGUAGAGAACCACAGCACAGCAGGUUGGGAAAAAUGCAAAAAGGGAAAGGUUAAACCGCAAGCAGUAAGGAUGACAAUUACCCAAACCAAAUAAAGUUACCAUCUUUCCAAUGAUAGCUUUGUGGAUCCGGAUGAUGUCAUUAAGGUUGUUUUCCAAGGCCUCAAAGUUGCUACCUCAAAACUGGAAAACUGCCUGAAAAUGGCCAAGGCAGAAAACUGUUUUGUGAAGCCAACUUUGGAGCUCAAUUCAAGGAUCAUGGAUGAGAUUCAAGUCAAAAGGCUUCCACAACAUAAAACUAUGUAUGUUUUUGAACAAAGGGAAGGAAUUGGAUGAAGAAUUGGAGUUAUGGAAGGCCUCGAACGAAAGGCGUGAAGUUAGUACUCUUUUGAUGUUUUGUUGGCGGUUUACUUGUGCUUCAAGAAAGGUAGUUUAAACCCGAAUUUUGUGUCCUUUUUAGCGUAGACUUUUACCUUAUUUGUUUCCUUGUUCAUCUAGAUUUGUAUUAGGUUUUAUUGGCUGUAAAUAGCCCUCCAUUUACGUUGUAAAAACACAAGACUUUGAUUAAUCGAAAAACAAAUCCUUUGGU